CGGAGCUUCUAGUGGAAGCGGAAGAAGCUGAAAAGAAGCCGAGGGCGGAAGUGGCGGCGUUUGAGAUUUGGAAUUGGGGUAAAGGGGAUUCUAGUAGGCGGCGGACUGUUUUCCGCGGCGGUCCCGCAGGCGGGAGCGGUUGCAGAAUUGUUCCCCUUGCUGACAGUCCCAUCUUUCCAUCGUAGUAGGCCAUGGCAGGCCGUGGUGGAGCUGCACGUCCAAAUGGGCCAGCUGCAGGAAAUAAAAUCUGUCAGUUCAAACUGGUGCUCCUUGGAGAGUCAGCUGUUGGGAAGUCAAGCCUUGUCUUGCGCUUUGUAAAAGGACAGUUCCAUGAGUACCAGGAGAGCACAAUCGGAGCUGCUUUCCUCACACAGACCAUUUGCUUAGAUGAUACAACAGUCAAGUUUGAAAUCUGGGAUACAGCUGGACAGGAGCGCUACCACAGCCUGGCACCCAUGUAUUAUCGAGGGGCACAAGCUGCCAUAGUUGUUUAUGACAUCACUAACAUGGACACUUUUGUGCGUGCCAAGAACUGGGUGAAGGAACUGCAACGGCAAGCUAGCUCUAGCAUUGUCAUUGCCCUGGCGGGGAACAAGGCUGACCUGGCCAGCAAGCGAGCUGUUGACUUCCAGGAAGCCCAGAUCUAUGCAGAGGACAACAGCUUGCUGUUUAUGGAGACGUCAGCGAAGACAGCAAUGAAUGUGAAUGAGGCUUUCAUGGCAAUAGCAAAGAAACUUCCCAAAAAUGAACCACAGAGUGCAACAGGGACAGCAGGCAAGAAUCUAAAUGUCAGCCUCCAGGAGAGUACCCAAUCCAGCAAGGGGCAGUGUUGCAGCAACUAAGGGUUCCUGUCUGGCAGCCCCAGUUGGAAUGCAUCUGAAUCAAUUGCACUUACAGAAGAACAGCUGCCAGGAUCUCUCUUUUACUUCCUCCUCCUCCUCCUCUGAGAUCUUUUUCUUACCACAGAAUGGGGAGGGGAGCACAGCAGAGGCCACUCUUUUCCUGAACAAACAAUACAUUCAUUUUUUUUAAAAGUCUUAACCACCUUUUUUAAAAUACAGAUGAACAGUGGCACUCUUCUACAUCUUUGUGGGUAGAUAAUAACAUGUGCUUUCAAAACCUUGGUCCCUCUUCUUUUUCUGCCUUUUAUCUUCUGAAGGGGUUUAUAGUCUUGCAUUUGCUCAGAGCUACUUGGAAGAAAGACAUCUCUCUUUUGGACAAAAUGUGUCUUCUACAACAUCUGCUUGGUGAUUCUAAGCUGCUUCAGCUGAUAGGGUUCUACCCUAAAGAAUGGUAGGAAUUGUAGCCUGGGGAGGGUACAGAAAAAGGAAUGAGUUGCGGAACUACUAUGCACAGCAUUCUUUGGUUGAGACCCUGGUUCAGGAAUGACAUACAUGCCUGUAAAAGAUCAUGUUCCAGAAACCUGCAGGUAACCACGAAUUGAAACUGUAGUAUUAAUGAUAGAGAGAAACCUGUAGCCUUUAAGCUUUGUUUUGACCAAAUUUGCAAUUAUGAAUGUUUUUGAAGAAGAACAGUAGAGAGCUGGUUUUCUUCUUCUUUUGUAUUCUAGUUUCCAGCAUAUAACAAAUCAGUAUCUUUUUAAUAACAUAUACCAACUAGUUCUUCAUCCUUCUUAGGUUGCGUUGGGCUUUUGGUAUGCCAAAUCUACAUUAACCUAUUAUUUACAUGUUGGAUGUAAUGCACUAAUUCAGCCUGUUAAAGAAAUUAUAUAAAAUGAUCAUUUUUUUGAUGAGCAGCAUUAUGUAUUAGUAACCCUAUCAUGAUGUUGGAUGUAUCAGUGGAACAGGUUGGGAGAGUGUAUUCAAGCUGGGGAGGGGGGCACUGAUAGUUAUUUGCAUAUACACAACAUUGAUAAUAAAACUGCAAAAGGGGUCUUGUUUCUGAGCUAGUGUCUGAGGCAAUUUUUGUCUUACACAUAUUGGUAUUUAGGACUCUACAUCAGUCUCUUCAAUGCAAAGCUCCAGUUGUGUAUGAGUUAAAAAUAAAUUUUUAUAAAUCAAA